CAGCUGCUUUUGCCACACAUGGUAGCAAUUCAGCUUGGAGACAAACAUUUGACAUGGCUUAGCUGGACUGGGUUAGCAAAGCGUCUACUAUGUGCGUUUAUUGGCGCCGGGCUCCUCAGACGCUGAUUGUAAGGGACGUGUGUCCCUGCUUCUAAUGUUGCUGAACUACAACUUUGAUGGCCAGUGUAGGGGACGAGACGAGCCGAGGGUCAAACACGCGGCAUAUUGUGGCUGCGAGUUUAGAAGGGGUGUAAUGGGCACAUGAGAGGAAGAAGGGAUCCUGGGAGCGGAUAGCGAAUGGGCAGGCUCAGCUUAAUGGAAAGCUCGCACUUUGGACUGUGUCUGGGCGCUGAUUCAGUCCGCCUACUUCUUCGUGUCAGGAGUGUGGAAGAAGCGCAAAGCAGAGGGGACUCGCUCUACCACUGAGUCUACUUCCUUCUUUAGCAAAGAGGGUCUGGCUGCACUUCUCCCCUCCCUAAUAGUUCCAUUGUAAAGCAACCAGCCACCAGUACAGCUCGGGUGACCUUCUGCGAUCUGUCUCGCCUAGCCCCUCCCAGUCGGCUCGGGUUCUGUGGCGCAUCCCACCCCCCAUUCCUCUCUCUCUCCAGUCUCGGAGACAACUGGGAGUCGCGGUGUGUGAGUGCAGUGGCUCUCGGGGAACGGCAGCCCUCGGACUGUGUCAUGGCGCGGAGGAGAGGAGGGAACCCGUCCCUGAGUGCUGCCCUCGCCUUGCUGCUCCUGUGCAGGCUGUGCGGCUCGUUUGCCGGACCUGUUCAUGUGGACCCACACGUAACAGCGGUUUUUGGAAAGAACAUUACACUGAAAUGUUUAAUUGAAGUUAAUGAAACAAUAACUCAGAUCUCAUGGGAGCGAAUCAUUGGUAAAGGUGCACAGACCAUCGCUGUACAUCACCCUAUUUACGGAACGUCAUUUGAAGAGUCAUAUCAGCAAAGAACGACCUUCAAAAACACUUCUCUUCAUGAUGCAACCAUUGUUAUAAAUAACAUUGAGUUUUCUGAUGCUGGAGAAUACAUCUGCAAAGCAGUCACAUUCCCACUUGGAAAUGUCCAGUCGUCAACUACUGUUACAGUGUUUGUUGAACCGACUGUGACCAUUUCAAAGGGACCUGAACCCUUACUGGAUGGCGCUCAUGAAACAGUAGCAGCAUAUUGCUCAGCUGCUACUGGAAAGCCUGCUGCGGAAGUGUCCUGGGAAGGGUCUCUUGGAAGAAUGGAAACAAAUGCAACAUCUUAUCCAAACAAAACAGUGACUGUUAUGAGCCAGUACCGCUUGGUUCCAAGUCGGUUUGCACGAGGAAGAAAUAUAACCUGUGUGGUGAAGCAUCCUGCUCUGGAAAAUGACAUUAGGUAUCCAUUUACGUUGGAUAUACAGUAUGCCCCUGAAGUUUCAAUAACUGGAUAUGAUGAUAAUUGGUUUGUUGGCAGAACAGAUGUUUAUCUUAAGUGCAAUUCUGACGCUAAUCCUCCUCCUACUGAAAUAAAAUGGACAAGGUUAGAUGGAAUUUGGCCUCAAGGCUUACAGUCUGUAAAUAAUACACUACUUUUCAGCCUCCCACUUACUCACAAUUUCUCUGGGAUAUAUGUGUGCAAAGUGGCCAAUGCCCUUGGUCAGAAAAGUGACCAAAAGAUCAUCACAAUUCUAGAUCCUCCCGCUACUACCCCACUUCCUACAAUACCACAGACCCACUCAACUACUGACAUUGUUGGCAUAGAAACAUCUUCAAAAAAGCUCCAUAUUCCAUCAUCAACCUUGGCUGCCCUGCAGGAUGGAAACUUUGGCACAAUUAUUGGCAGCGUAGUAGGCGGGUGUCUCUUUCUGAUACUGCUGAUUGUCAUUUUUGGGAUAAUCUACUAUAGGAGGAAGCAGACUUUCCGUGGCGACUACUUUACCAAGAGCUACAUCCCUCCAUCUGACAUGCAGAAGGAGUCUCAGAUAGAUGUUCUUCAACCCGAAGAUCUGGAUCCGUUUCCCGAGAAUCCCAAAAAGGAUAUUAAUAUUAAAGCAAACGAUCAUAUCUAUAACGAAUAUCUCCAAGAUGUUGAGAACUCUGGUUGGAACAAUGCGAUUAGCUACGACCGAUACCAAGAACACUUAGACAGGCCAAUGACUAACUAUCCAGAUAAACAAUUGCCUGUUGUAUCCAGGUACAACAAAAACUGCUUUAAUGACAAUGAAGAAGACCUUGUAUCACAUGUGGACGGUUCUCUCAUCUCACGGAGAGAGUGGUACGUUUAGUGAAAGACUGCUGGGGAAAAAAAAACUUAGUGCAUUCAACUACAUGAUAAGAUGGGGGUGGGGGUCAUGUGACCUCUUAAAAACACUUGUUUUUUUCCAUACCCGUUUACCUUACUUUAGAAGUGGAUGAGUACAAUAUGGUCUCCUGCCUCUCUUGUCUAUUGGAAAUAUGUAAAUGUAAUCAAUACAUUGGAAGUUUGAUUAUUAAAACGUAGUUCCCUUGAGUGGGGGAGAAGUUAGGUACAGAGGUAACACUCAGUGUAGAAAUCAACAUACAUUUCCCCAUGAAAAGGUGCUAUUCAUAGACAGAGUAUUCCCCUGGUGAUUUCUAUAGCUUCAUUGCAGUAUGAGUGGUUCCACUCUCAGAAGCACUGAAAACCAAAUAACAUUGAUUUCUAAAAUGCCUCCUGUGCUCAGCAGAAUGAUUCUUUUUCUAAAGUAUAUCAUCACUUCACUUCAAAAUCUUCCACAUUAACGAAGGACUGGUCAUAUUGGAUUUUAAGGGUUAAUUGUGGUUACAGACAUAAUUUUUUCCCCUUUUUAUUAAGCAAUACUGAACUUAUUAUAAGGGACAAUGUACCAUGUACCAUUACAUAGCAUCCCCUGUAACAGGUCUGACAAGUUAGUAUCUGCUGGAAUGCUUGUUCAUUUUAAGAGAUUAUUAUAAAUAUAUCAGUUUUGCCAAAGUUUUCCAGGUAGUUGGCUGUUGCCCAGACUCUGUGGGUGCCUCUGACUCUAUAGCAGCACGUGGUUUCUGUAUAACCACCCAGAGCAUACAGUAUGUGCAUUUAGUAUUGAUGCUUUAUGGAUAGGUGUGAGAGCUUAUGUCAAAAAGACAAAAAAAAAUCAGCUUACAGUAGCCCAAAAGUGGCAUACUUAUUUUUAGUCAAUGGAAAGCAUCUUUUGUGUGCCAUUGCAUGCAGAACAGACACUCUAAUAAAAGAGAGACUUGUACCCCUCACAAAACAUUUUUUUUUGAACAAUUGGAUAGAAAUUAUUUUUAAAUCAAAUAAAUAUUAUAAGUUAAUAUCUUUUGUUCCAAAUAGGGAUUUGAACUAGGUUAAACGUGAUAUUACAUUACAGUACAGGUAUGGGACCAGUUAUCCAGAAUGCUUGGGACCUGCGGUUUUCCAGAUCUUUCCAUAAUUUGGAUCUUCAAACCUUAGCUGUACUAGAAAAUAAUGUAAACAUUAAAUA